UUCAACAGGAUGAAGACUACAACUUGCUCCUUUCUGAUCUUCAUCUGCCUUCUCCAGCUGAUGACCUCAGUGAACACUCAGACCAUAGACUGGAUUGUGGAGAAAAAGAUCAGGGAUAUUCUCAAGCUACGAGGUGACAGCUAUACAGCUGCUGUAACUAGCACUCUCUCCUGCACUAAUGUCAAGGCCACAGGCACACUGGCGUCCUGUCCUACUGGGAUGACAGCUACUGGCUGUGCUUGUGGCUUUGCCUGUGGAUCAUGGAAUGUCCAGAAUGAAAACGUUUGCCAGUGCCUGUGUCCAAUCACAGACUGGACCAUGGCCCGCUGCUGCAAAGUGGGCUAA